AUGCAUACACUCCACUUGAUCUUCGAGCCCCGUCCGAAAGCACCACGUCUCCACGCAUUAAUCGUGGCCGAUGCGUUCCAGUUACCAGCGAACCCGAGUCGCCUUCUUCAGACCACCAAAUUGGAGUGCUUGGCAGCAUCAAUGCAGAGAAUAUUAUCUCAUUACCAACCGAGGGUACGUACGAAUCAUUCAGUUUUAUCAUCAAGGGCCGUCGCUCAACACCUCGGCUCCGAUAAUGCCGAUCCGCCCCGCCCAGAAACCAUCUUAUACGCGCAAAAUCACGACCCAUUUGGGCGUAAGUCGUCAUUCUUGCCGCGGUGCGCCGAUAAUGGCCUAUGUCAUGCCGACGCCAACCCAGUGUCAGAAGUACCUGAAUCGCCCCCGUCCACCGUCAAAAGCUCUGGCGAUGCUAGCGUAAGCGACAAAGAUGAUGACGGUCUCAUGGAUCGUUGUAUGCUGCACGACGGCGCGAAAGGCUUGCUGGCCGUACCUCGAUCAAAGGUCCAGACCUCAUCAGGGCAGGUGGCUGAAACAUCCCCUCCACAGCUCAGCCGUAAAGUGAUUCAAAAUGCUACUUCGAGUAGCUUGUACAUCAAAGUCGAGCGAUCAAAGCCUUCCAGUCGAAAGAGGCCGUCAUGCAUCGCUUUGGAGACGGACGAGAAAGCAAGUGGUCCUCGAAUAAGGGCGAGACUUGGAGCGAAGGUCCAGCCCUCGCUUGGGCAGGUGGUCGAAAAAUUCAAACGUCAAGCCACCCAGCAUGAUACCGGGAGUAGCAUGUGCAUCAAGCCUGAGAGCGCCCGAUCAAAACCUAUCCGCCGAAAGAGGCCAGCAGGCGCUGCUUUGGAGACCGAUGAGAAAGCAAGUGGUCCUCAAACAAGGGCGAGGGCAAGAGCUGAAGCAUCCGAAGCAUCUGAAGCAUCCAGUCCAUUGCCGAUUGCCCGUAGUGCUCGACCUUAUUCAGCGGCUGAAGACGAUAUCCUACAAACAUUGGUGGCUAGAGGGCUCGCCUGGGAGGAAAUUGAGAAGGAGUUCGGUCUGCGCUUCGCUAAGAGGACUAUGAGAUCCCUGCAGAUGCGUUGGUCGAGAAAGCUGAAGCUUACAGCUCCGUCUACCAGAUGCUCGAAGCGCAAACGGUCUUCUGCGUCUCUUUGA